GACUACUGGUGGACAUCUCGACUUCUCACUUGACCUACUACACAUACCGGUACUCAGAUCGAUACCGUUGGGUAGUCAAAGACUACAACGGGAGUGCUUAAUAGCGAUUCACGGGUAAGGAGCUAAACCCGACAGAGCGAGCUAUGCAUUAGCAACAACUCUGCUUUUAUAUUAGCACCCCAUCAAGACGAUCGAACCCCGUACCAUCAGAUGGAGAAAGUCAAGGUCCGCACGUACCUGCCGACGGUACCGCUGCCGCUCGUGUCAGAGGGACGCGAAGAGAUACGUACAGAGCGCCUGAUACUGCGGCCAUUUACGCCGGGCGUGCUAGAGGACAUGCAUUCCCUCCGAACCCAGCGCGAAGUCAUGGACUCCAGCCGGCGAGGCCUGACGGACAAGGACCUGGCAGAGACACUGGAGCAUAUCAGCCCGGUGCUGCCGCCCAACGACGCGACGACGUACAGAUGGGUCAUCUACGAGGCGCAGACGGGGAACUUUGUAGGGUCCGGCGGGUUUACUAUAUUCUGCGAGAGCAUGGGGUGGCCCGAGAUCGGUUAUAUGCUGAAGAAGGAGUACUGGGGCAGAGGAUAUGCGACGGAGUUCCUGUGCGCGUGGCUCGAGGCGUGGUGGAAGCUGCCGAGGUCAGAGGUCGAGAUCGAGGUCGCCAAAGGUACGAUCGAGGAGGACACGCCGGUCGUCGGGGCGGAUGGCGUACGCGUGGUGAGCAAGGAUCGGGUGGUCGCGCUGGUUGUGGAGCACAACAACUCGAGCCGGCGGGUGCUGGAGAAGGCAGGAUUCCGCCAGGCGACACUGCUGACGGAGAUGAACAAUCGCGCAGGUCUCGAAGGGACCGAGAUCACCUCGUUUGGGUUUGUGGCCACGGCUCCGGAGAAGGACAUUUAGACUUGAAACAGAGAUGUGCUCCAAGGCGCGGCAGUGGAGUAAUAUGUGCAUUGUUCCCAAUCCGGCUACAAUUCCCUAUUGGGCUACUAUUCCAUGUCACUUCACUACUGUCGCAGCCUUGUUCUCGAGGAUAUAUUGGUCCAGCAACUUUGAGUGUGGAGCGGCUGUGGCUUAG